CAACCGCUUCCGACGGACUCAGCCAUCUUUUCAGAUGGGAUGGGUCGACCCCCACCCAAAGCAAUGUCAAGUUGGAUUCUAUCCAUCAAUAAUUAUAGGAGUUUGUUCCUUUUAGUUUGAGAGGGACGAGGGGAACAAUAAGCCCGCUCCUUUCACCAACUCACCUCAGCUUCUAGACCAUUGAUACGGGUGUGACAUUUCACGUCGAACAACCACUUACAUCAUCUCACCAUAGAGUUAUCCUUUGACGGCCUCAACCUAAUCCAGGAGCCAGAAGGAUUCGUCCACUCGCAGCACUUCUACUUGGGUCGAAUGUCAUCUACAGAUCUUCGGCCCUUUCGAUCCAUUCUUUCAAGGCGCAUUACACGUAGCCGAACCAUCUUUCUCUUUGCUUUCUCUUUCUGUCGCAGAAGCAAUUCUUUCCGUCGAACCCGUUGAACGGGAGACCCAGACAAACCACAAUUCGCCAUUAUUUGACAUCAUGACUACACCUGCCGAGGUUGACGAUUUUGGUCUGCCCAUCAGGCGCUUUCCGACUCCGAAGAACGAUGAGCCUACCGAGAUACCCAAAGAUGGGAAGCCUGCUGCAAGUCCAGUAGCAGAUGCCUUGAGCGGUGAGCAACCGAGAGCGUCCGAGACGAAGAACGAUAAGUCCAGCGAUCAGACAACACCCCCCGCCGUCGAACCUGUUAAGGAUGACGACAAGAGCGAAACGUUUGAAGAUGCUCGAUCUGAACAGUCAAAUCCCAGCAAAGAUGCUUCGAACCCGCCUGUUGUCACGCACGAAACCCCCCCACCAACUUUUAGCAAAACUCCAGCAAAGAUCGAGCCUGCCGAGCCCGAAAGUAUCAACGAUCCAGAGCCAAAAGAUUUUAGAAAGACACGGUCAGAAACGCCAGAGGCUCCCAAAGAGCCUACAGAUGUCGAUGUCGCUAUCAAGAAGCAAGAGACUCCCAAGCCAGACGAUCCGACGAACAAGGGCCCAGUGGAAACACAACCAGAGGCAGCAGAUCCUGUCAAAAAGUCUACAGGUGAUGAAGUAGCUGUCAGUAAGGAAGAGCCCCCUCAGCCCGACAAAGUCACGCCGACCCCUGUAUCGCCUACGCAGGCCAAUCGAAAGGAUGUUUCUGAGUUUUCCCACCAAAAGAUCUCUACCAAGCCAGAAGAACCUCAAAAGGGGGUGGACGAUGAUGACUGGCAAGAAAUGCCUUCUUAUGCGCGAUACGAUAUGUACAACGACGACGACAAGCUAGUUGCAAGGGAAUACGAUCCGGAACAGGAUGAAUCAUACGAAUAUGGAGGACUUGGUGGUGCUGGCAAGGGCUACACUCGGGUAACCUUGGACGAUGAUGCCGAGUCGGCAACAAGCAUGGACGACAAUACGAAAUAUCUCUUCAAGAGUGCAGCCGGAACCAGUAUGGUCGACGAUGAUGAAGGACGAGAUGCUAUUGGUCAGAUGCAGGCUACCAAAGAUCUCUUGACCGAAGGCCAAAGAGUUGCAUACGUUGGAUUGGUCCGUCUCGAAAUCGUCAGACUUGUGAAAGAGGCGGAAAAAAUGAAAUCGUUCAAGAAGACGAAGAAGGAGGUUGGUAUAUCAGUUGAAUCCAUGCUGAUGUGGGGUCAAAAAAUGAUGCUUCGACUGUACGCUCACAUGGAGAUCAAUGAAGCUGAGCAGAUUAUGAUUGAACAGUUGGCAGAACAUGGAGUUAUGCCGCAGGACUUGGCACCCGCGCUCAAUACUAAUGCUCGAGUAUCAAAUCCCAUGGCAGAUGGCGAGUCAUCGAUGCCAAGCACCCCAUCACUGGACGAGAAGCCUGCAGAGGCGCCGCCGCCAUAUGAGGCGCUUGACGGGGAGGAGCUCUCUGACGUGAAGACACCAUCACAGCUCCCCACCACCGCAAAGAUCGAUAUUGAUCUUCGGUGGACUGUACUUUGCGACCUCUUCCUCCUCUUGAUCGCAGAUUCUAUUUACGAUUCCCGCUCGAGGGUUCUCUUGGAGCGAGUUGGUGAGAGUCUUGAUAUUACGUGGGUUGAUAUCUGCCGUUUCGAGAAGAAGGUCACAGAGGCUCUGGAGAUGCAGCAAGCUGCCGAGAAAGAGAACUGGAACGAGGAGGAGCACACGGAAACUCGCAGGAAGAACGCAUUGACCCGGCGAUAUGUGAUGAUGGGAUUGGCCACCGUAGGUGGUGGGUUGGUCAUUGGUCUUUCGGCAGGUUUGCUUGCUCCUGUCAUCGGUGCGGGCCUGGCUACCGGAUUAACAGCCAUCGGAGUGACUGGCACGGGAAGUUUCCUCGGUGGUGUAGGAGGCGCAGCCAUCAUCACCUCGGGCGCAGCGGCGUCAGGCAGUAUCAUCGGAGGCAGGGCUGCGGACCGAAGAACUGGCGCGGUUAGGACGUUCGAAUAUCGUCCCCUUCACAACAACAAGCGAGUCAACCUCAUUGUCACUAUCUCGGGGUGGCUGACAGGUAAGGUCGAUGACGUACGACUGCCAUUCAGUACGGUAGACCCUGUCAUGGGUGACCUUUACUCAGUGCUCUUCGAGCCUGAGAUGCUUCGGAGUAUGGGUGACACCAUCAACAUUUUAGCUACUGAGGCUCUUACACAAAGUAUCCAGCAAAUUCUGGGUACAACCAUACUAGCUGCUCUCAUGUCAGCUCUGCAGCUGCCGAUAAUUCUUACCAAGCUUGCCUAUCUUAUUGACAACCCUUGGGCUGUCUCGCUGGACAGAGCCACCUCCGCUGGAAAGAUUCUAGCAGAUUCCCUGCUAGAACGCAACCUAGGAACACGACCCAUUACACUGGUUGGGUUCUCGAUCGGAGCACGAGUCGUUUUCUCUUGCCUCCAGGAGCUCAGUAAGAAGGGGGCGGUCGGUAUUGUGCAAAAUGUCUACAUGUUUGGUUCACCUAUCGUGGUAAAGAAGGAGGAGUACAUCAAGGCUAAGACUGUGGUUUCUGGGCGAUUCCUGAAUGCGUACAACCGCAACGACUGGAUUCUAGGCUACUUGUUCCGACUCACGAGUGGAGGUAUCCGCCGGGUAGCAGGUCUAGCUCCGGUGGAGGAUUGUCCCUUUGUUGAGAACAUGGACGUAACGGAUCUCGUGAAUGGUCACAUGGACUAUCGUCAAAAGAUGCCGGUAUUGUUGAUAAGAUGUGGAUGGUCUGUUGAGAGUGAAGAGUUCGUUGAAAUCGAAGAUCCAGACCCGGACAACCAUAAUGAACGCCAGAGAGAGCUGAUCAAUGAGAUCGAAGAGGCACGCAAGAACCUCGAGAAAGAGGGCAAGGCCAAGAAGAGUGGUCGAUUCAGCUUCUUCGGUCGUCGAAAGAACGCGGAGAAACAGGACUGGGAAAUCUACGAAGACUCAAAGAACAAGGGAGAAGGCAAAGAGAAGGCAAAGGAGGGGGAACAAGCCGACAACAACACUGGUGUCCUUUUCGACAUUGAUGCAAUCCGUGCAGAAAUUGCCAAGGAUGCCCGAGAUCACUACGCCAGUCCGGAGGACCUGCAAGUCAAGGAAAUCAAAUCGACUCUGCCUCCAAUGAAGCUGGAUGUGUCCUCGCUUCCUGCUUCUCCUUCGGCGGUGGCCAAUGGCUCUAGGGCAGGGUCUCGGACGGAUCUGACCGGCGCACGAGACUCGCACGAUACUCGUGUGUCCCAAGAGAGGUCUCACAGUUACACACCAAGCUACACCAGACAAGCAUCACCACCUGGGUACAGCUCACCGUACGGCGGAGGGUUUGGGUCAGGACAUGGUGACGCAUACGGCUCGGGCCGACAUGACGAGGAUGACAUUCAGAUGACAUUCGAUACCUCGUUUGACGAUCAUCCGCGAUCAGCAACGGUAGCACCUACUGAGACGGCAGCAACUAGGCCACAGGUGAAGACGGCACAGACAUUGCCGACGAUGACAUUGCAUGAACCGUGGGGGGAUUCAGAUGAUGAUGAUUUUGGCAAAGAGAAGGAGAUUUCAAUGACAUUCGCUUGAGUUGGUAAUUUGGGGUUGCCUUUUUGAGUUGCUGGCGUUUCGGAUCAGGCGAGCGAUUGGAGGGGCUCAGUCUCUUGGUCUGGACUCUGCUCUGACUCUACCGUUGACUUUGAGUUUGACUUUUCCGGCGCAAACAAGGCUUGAUGGUUUUUGGAUGUUAUUGCAUUCAUGAAGGAGUAAUCAAAAUCGGCUGGAGCAUCAAAUACACAUAAGACAUAGUAGUUAGUACCAUCUAGAACACUUUGCGAAGUAAGUAUGAGCAAUGACAAAGACGAGACUCAAAGAGGAGGAGCAUUAAUUCGAAUGUUGGUGCUUUGCAUUGUUGCAUUAUUGGUCCGUGUGCCACCAAAAGAGCGGUUGGCUUUUGAUGGUCAGUUCUAUAAACAGAACAAGCAUGAAAGGGUGGAUGUCACUGUUGGGCGAUGAUUUUUGUGAAUGUACUGCCCAUUUUAGCCACUAUACACAGAUUUGCUACACAACAGGUCACACGAUACACGUGUUUUGCAGCCCUGGAAUGCCAUAUUGCACACGCCUCCUGGCUAUGCGGGAUGGAAAUUGUCAAAGAAACAGGACAUCUUGUCGUCUCCAGGGUAGGAUGGGUGGCGGUGUUGGUCGAGGCUUGUGCUAAUAAACAUUGAGUGGGAGGCAUUGCUAGAGAGCGGCUGAAGUGUAGGUAUGCUGAAUUUCAGUUGGGUAAUCUUGCAGUGAGACGAAGGUAUUUCCCGUGUCGGCCAAAAGCACUCACACUCUCUCAGUCCUUGACCUUGAGAGGGGUGAACGUUGGCCGUUAGUUU